AGCAAAGUGGACCCCUUAAUGUCUUCCUUACUUACAUAUAAUAUUCAUCAGUUCCUUUCAUUCGACCUUUUCUUCACUAUUUUACAGUCCACAGUUACAAAGAUGACCUGCUUAGACUCACAGUCAAGAACCCCAUCUCGUCUUCUUCCCUCAAAAAGACAGUAAAAGGACCCUGCAGUCUGAAGAAGAAUAGUGUGAAAUCAUACCUGAAACAUUUACAAUGAGUAACAGCUUGUUACAUAGUCAUUAUUCGAGUGGUGGAAUCCCAUCAGAGAUUGCUGAGAAUCUAAAAGAUUUGUUUCCUGAGGAUGGCGAUUUGAGCUAUGAAGAAGUUCUUUUGCAACAGGAAACUGUUUACUUAUCAUUUCAAGCAAAUGGGAAAAACAAGAAUAUGAGCUCUGAAUACGGUCAAACCAGUAACGGGCAUCAGUUAUCAGCACAAAAGAGUGAUUCUUCUCAAAGCCCUGAAUCACAGUUGGCUCUGGAUGAAGCUAUAGCUAGAUCAUUGCAGUUGGGGGAUGAUUUUGAGGAUUACUGUAGAGAUGAGCUUAACUCUACUGUGGCUGGCAUCAGGGAAUCCCCUCCUAGAGAAUCACCUCCGGUCAGGGCUGAGAAUCCGAACACGAGGAGACAAGAUGAUAUUGAUCCAGAUAGUAUGACCUAUGAGGAAAUGCAGUUUUUAGGAGAAGCUGUUGGCCAGCAGAGCAGAGGGCUUUCACAAGACCUCUUAAGUCGUUUACCAACUUUCAAAUACAAGACUGGAUUCUUCUCAAAGAAAAAGAAAAUGGGAGAGUGUGUUAUAUGUUAUGCUGCAUACAGAAGCGGAGAUAUGUUGACCACUUUGCCUUGUGCACACAUGUUUCAUUCAGAAUGUAUUAACCGCUGGCUAAAAGAAAGAAAGAACUGCCCCCUCUGUUAUGAAGAGGUGAAAGAUGAAUGACUUUGCAGAUCCAAUGCCUUGUUGCUCAACUGAUCUGCCUUCAAUUAUCACUUUUCGUUCAUGUAAUAGAUAGAGAGUAUCAUAAGGACUUAUAUUUGGUUUGUAAAUAGCCUUCUGGUUUGAUUCCCCAUAUUUCACUAUCUGGACAUAUGAAUGAGACCGUUAAGCAAACUAAACUGUCUAGUCCUGCUCUUGGUAUCAGCAUAUCUUGCUAGACAUUGACUU